GCUAACUGAUAAAAAGAUCGUUUUCUUCUUUGCUUCUCUCUCUCCAUCUCUACUUCAAACAGAAACUUCCCCAAUUCUUGAGUUUCUAGGUCUUCUAAAUUCGAUCUCCGGCAGACAUGACGGAUUCGACGACGACGACGGCGGCAGACGCCGUUACUCUGAAGCGGGAGUUUAAGAAGAUACUGACUGAGAUUUUAUCUUACGGAGGAGAAAGCAAAGAUCACGGUGAGACUGGAGUCUUGAUGAAAGCAAUUGACGAAGCGAAUAGAAUCAUCAACUGUCUGAGAGAAGUUGAACCGGGGACUGAUAUCCUUUCUCCUCCGUCGCCGGAAAAGGUGGAUGUGCCGAAAGAGUUUAAAUGUACACUCUCCAAGAAGAUCAUGAUCGAACCCGUCAUCAUAGCUUCUGGGCGGACUUAUGAGAAAAGAUAUAUCAAAGAGUGGCUGAAGCGUGAACGAACAUGUCCCAUAAGCAACCAAGUCCUCUCUCAUGUAUCCUUGACACCGAACCUUUUGGUAGAUGAGUUGAUUACACAAUGGUGUCUAGUUAACAAAUUUGAGCGGCCAAAAUCAUCUGAAGAGAUAGUUACUGAGCUCUUCACUGAUGGAAUAGACUCAUUGCUUCAGAGGAUUUCCUCUCCCUCCUCUGUUGCAGAUCAGGCACAAGCUGCGGAAGAGCUUCGCAGACAGACCAAGAGAUUCGCCAAUGUCCGAGCCUUCCUUGUCUCUGAACUCCCUGAUUCGAUCAAACGGUUGCUCACUCCUCUCUCUGCUGUUGACUUGAAUCUUGAGCUUCAGGAGAAUCUUAUCACAACCCUGUUCAACCUCUCGAUCGUUGAGAAGAAUAAAACAGUAAUUGCUAAAAACCCUCUUGUGAUCCCACUGCUUACAAAGUCUUUAAAGCAGGGGACAGCUGAGACUCGAAGAAACUCUGCAGCGACUUUACUGUCACUUUCAGCCAUUGAGUCUAAUAGGCUCAUCAUCGGUAACUCUGAAACGCUCAAGGCUCUUAUAGGAUUAAUCGGAGAAGGGGGUUUAUUCACCACUGAGGCAGCCUCCGCGGUUUUCAACAUCUGUAGUGUAUCGGAGAACAGAGAAAAAGCUGUUUCAUCCGGUUUGAUUCCCGUACUGACAAACAAGAUCAAAGAAGGAAGCAAUGUGGCUGAGUUGUUAGCUCUCUUGGCGUUGCUUUCUACGCACAACCGUGGGGUUAAAGAAAUGAAUGAUCUAGGGUUUAUCAGUGAUCUGUUGAGUAUCUUGAGGAAACCGAGUUGUCCAGUGACUCACGAGAACGCUGUGGUGAUCGUCUUUAACAUGUGUGACAGAAACAGAGACAGGAGUGGAAGGCUGAAAGUGCUGAGCGAAGAGGAGAAUCAAUACGGGACGUUUACAAAGCUUGCGAAGCAAGGAUCAGAUCGUGCAGUGAGAAAAGCGGAAGCGAUUUUGAAGUGGCUUAAGAGACACGGUACCGGUAAAGCGCCGCAGAGGGAAUGAAGGAAAGGUCUUGUUGAUACAGAAGAUAUAGUUUUGCAAACUUACUAUUAGUACAUACAAAAUUGAUCGAAGCUAGAAAAAAGGUGUAUAUAAUAUAGUUUUCUCUGAGAAGUAAAAAGUGCCUGAAAAAAAAGUUGUAUAUAAUAUAGUUUCCGGUUAGUAGCACGGUCGUAAAUUGAGGACCUUGAGGGUUUAGAAAGAUUACAAAA